CUGAGGAUAGGAGUAGGCUCUCUCUAUGAAGGAUAGGUCUGCGUCCGCAAAUGGUAGGGAUGGGCUAAGCCCAGUUACUUUUCUUUGUUUUUGGGGCUUAAGGUUUCCAAAAUUUCGAAUAAUUUUCCACUAUUACCCCCCCUCUUUUUAUCAUUAUUAAAAAAAUAUAUUUAUUAAUUAUAUUUUUUUGUAAAAUAAAUGUGGAACCCGCAGUUCAUUUUUGGAACUUUAAAACUAUUCUGGGGUGGAGCUUUCUUUAUUUAAAGCCGUUCAUACAUAAUCACUCCCCCCCUCUCUUUCUCUCUCCUCUGAGUGUUGUCGCCUGCAGUUCUCUCUCUCUCUCUCUCUGCUGUAUCUAUUCUUCUGUACACAGCGAAGCCUCCUCCCUGUCUCUCUCUGCUCAAACUGCCUAGGGUAAUGUGAGUGGCGUUUUUCCGGCGAAAUUUGGCCGGAGAAUGGCAUAUAUGUGCGCCGACAGCGGAAACCUAAUGGCAAUAGCUCAGCAAGUCAUCAAGCAGAAGCAACAGCAGGAGCAGCAGCAACAGCAGCAACAGCAGCAGCUUAUGGGUUUCAAUUCCUUCCCACUUAAUCCAUGGACCAGCGCCCACCAGAGCAUCUCUACCACUCAGUCUCUGGGUUACGGCCUUACGGGUACGGGUUUUUCCGAUCCGUUUCAAGUAGCGGGGCCGCCGGAGGCGGGGGAGCCGGGGUUUCAGUUCCCCCACUUGGACCAGCACUCCACUGGGUUUAGGUUCUCCGAUUACGGCAACGAGUUCGACUCGGACGAGUGGAUGGAGAGCUUGAUGGGCGGCGGAGAUUCCACGGAGAGCUCCAACCUGCCCUCCGGCUGCGACGCGUGGCAGAACAGUCCGGAUUUCGGCCUCUACGGCACCGAUCCGUUUGCCCCUUGCCCGGGUCGACUCAACGUGGGUGCUCCCCCGGGCUCGGAUCUUAACCGAGUCAUAUUCUCUGACAACGCCGAGAAGAGCACUACUAACUCGCUUCCAGCAACGCCUCAGGUCCAGCCGUGGGUUCCGUCUCCGCCGCCCCCUCCGCCGCUUCCGGCGGUUGUAAAAGACGCAAAGCCGGCCAAUCCUCCACCAUCACCACCACCCAGAAGCGACGUAGCCGGUGUCUCCUCCAAUUCACCGGAGGCUGACUCUGCGCCGCAGUCACUAAGAGCCCUUCUUGAUUGCGCCCGGCUCGCGGAGUCCGAACCCGAUCGAGCCGUAAAAUCGUUGAUUCGACUCCGGGAAUCGGUGUCCGAACACGGAGAUCCGAGCGAAAGAGUUGGAUUUUACUUCUGUGAAGCUCUGUACGGCAGGGUUUCUCUGCAAAGCCCAACUGUUUUCGGGACCUCUUCUCAGGAGUUUAUUCUUUCUUACAAAGCUCUGAACGAUGCUUGCCCUUACUCCAAAUUUGCCCAUUUAACGGCGAACCAAGCUAUACUCGAAGCAACCGAGAAGGCGGCGAAGAUUCACAUAGUCGAUUUCGGAAUCGUUCAGGGGGUUCAAUGGGCGGCUCUUCUUCAAGCUCUCGCCACCCGACCCGAUGGAAAGCCCGCAAGGAUUCGGAUCUCCGGCAUUCCGGCGCCAGCUCUUGGGUUGUCCCCUUCGGCGUCCUUGCUCGCCACGGGCAAUCGUCUCCGGGAGUUUGCGGAGCUCCUAGGGCUAGAUUUCGAAUUCGAACCGAUUCUGACGCCAAUCCAGGAGCUUCACAGUUCGAGUUUUCGGGUCGACCCGGACGAGGUUCUGGCCGUGAACUUUAUGCUCCAGUUGUUUAACCUGCUCGACGAAACGCCCGUCGCCGUUGAAACCGCUCUCAAAUUGGCCAAGUCGCUAAACCCGAGAAUCGUCACUCUUGGCGAGUACGAAGCGAGCUUGAACAGGGUCGGGUAUCUGGACCGGUUCAGUACCGCAUUGAGGUACUACUCUGCUGUGUUCGAGUCGCUGGAUCCCAACUUGGACAGAGACUCGCCGGAGAGACUCCAAGUGGAAAGACUGCUUCUCGGCCGGCGAAUCGCCGGCGUUAUUGGGCCGGAGGAGCCAGGGAUCAGACGAGAAAGAAUGGAGGACAAGGAACAGUGGAAAAUUCUAAUGGAGAGUUCCGGUUACGAGUCUGUAGCCCUCAGCCAUUACGCAAUGAGCCAAGCUAAGAUACUUCUCUGGAACUACAAUUACAGCGAUUCAUUCUCUCUAUUGGAGUCUCCGCCCGGGUUUCUGUCUCUGGCGUGGAAGGAUGUCCCGCUUCUCACAGUUUCUUCAUGGCGUUGACGGUUAGUACCCUCCAAUUUAAUGGCGGCUUCGAUCCACCUGGUCAUUUUUCUCUGGUGUGGAACGACUUGUGAGAAAUUAAAUUAAAUACGCCAUUGAUGGUCUUCUUGCGAGCUUCUCGAUCAGAUGUGGAACCCACCUAGCAGCUAGUCUGGUUCGUCAAUUAGAAGGUUGCAGCUAGUACUCAGCCAUUGCAGUUAAGGAUUAAAAGCAGCUCAUUAUAGAUGUUUUGAAGCUUUUGAACAAACAGCAGCGUAUGAAUUUUCAGUUUUGAUCUUAGUUGGUGUUUCUUUUCAUCUUUUCUUCUUUCUCUUUGUGAAACUUUCGUUUGGUUAGAAUGUGGAGGGGGCUUUAGUUACAGGCUCGAGACCGGACUGAAACAAAAUUGUGAAGAAAAAUAGGAGGGGGGGUAAAUGAAAAUUGAAGAAGAAAAUGUAUGUCAUUCUCUUAAAUAUUUGUAGUUCUCUGUAUAUAAGUCUAAAUCUCUAAUCCAAGUUCAGCUUCAUCUCUUUCCCCUUGCAAAAA